AGUAAAAGUGAAAUGGAAAGUAAUAAACAAAACAUUUGGUAGUGUGUAGUUAUUACGGUGAAUUUGUUUCCCUGCUGAUUUUAUUUAUUUUCAAAAGGUUCCUUUAUUUGUUUGUCUUUUCUAUUAAAUUGUGUUAAUAUUCAGAAUGGCCUGCCUCCUCCGUAACCUUAAAUAUUCGCUCCAACCUAUACGUCGAUCGUUCACCACCCAUAAAUUCCUCACAGAUGUCCAUCCAACAGUUCAAAGUGCCCUUAACAAAAAUAAACCCGUCGUUGCCCUCGAAUCGACAAUAAUCACCCAUGGAAUGCCCUUUCCACAAAAUCUGGAAACCGCUUUGGAAGUUGAGGAAAUUGUCCGUUCCCAGGGAGCAACUCCAGCCACAAUUGCCAUCCUAAAUGGCAAAGUUAAAGUUGGUCUGAGCUCCCACGACCUCAAAGAACUCGCCUCAACAGAUCCCAAGAAUGUCAUCAAAUGCUCCCGUCGCGAUUUACCCUAUUUGGUUGGGAAUUCGCUGUCAGGAGGGACAACUGUGGCGGGUACAAUGAUUAUUGCCAAUAUGGUUGGCAUUCGAAUAUUCGCAACAGGUGGGAUUGGUGGAGUUCAUCGAGAAGGCGAGAACACAAUGGACGUGUCGGCAGAUCUCGUCGAACUGGGAAGAACUCCAGUUUGUGUUGUAUCCAGUGGAGUCAAAUCGAUUUUGGACAUUCCAAGAACCUUGGAGUUUCUCGAGACUCAGGGAGUUUGUGUAAGCACCUUUGGUAGUUCAGGAGGCCGUUUUCCUGACUUUUACACAACCGAUAGUGGUUGUAAGGUCCCGUACAACGUAGACACCCCUGAAGAUGCCGCAAAACUUGUCCAUGCCUUGAUUGAUCUCAAGCUCGAGUCUGGUAUGCUCAUUGCAGUUCCAGUUCCCGCCGAGUACGCAAUGAACAAACAAGAAAUCGAUGAAGCCAUCAAUAAAGCUCUGCUCGAUGCCAAAGCCAAAGGAAUCGAAGGAAAAGCUGUGACUCCCUUCCUUCUGGCUGCCAUCUCCAAACUGACUCAAGGAAAGAGUCUUGCCUCCAAUAUGGCAUUAAUUAGAAACAACGCCAAAGUCGCCGCACAAAUAGCCAAAGCCUACUGCAAAACUUCGACACCAAAAACCCAUGACUUAGAAAACCCUCCAGUUGUGAUAGGAGGCUCAAUUCUCGAUCUCUCUAUGACUUUGCAGGACGACUUCCAGCUAGAUGGAUCUACUUACGAUGUAAAGGUUAAGCAAACCGCCGGUGGAGUUGGUCGAAACCUCGCGGAAGGAAUCUACAAACUUUACGGAUCAGCUAAAUUCAUAUCUGCCAUUGGCAGUGAUGAACUUGGCAAGAGUCUCCUUAACCUCAUCCCAGAGCCUUUGACCCCUGGAAUCUUCCAGCAUCCAAGCAAAUCUACGUCGCUCUGUUCAGUGAUUUUUGACAAAUGUGGAGAUUGCAAACUUAUUAUGGGAAAUAUGGAAAUUCACGGAUCCAUCAGCCCGGAGCUGAUUACCAAAAACGAGCACAUCCUCAGCCGAGCUCCUCUCAUUGUGAUGGACGCUAAUUUGCCUCUGCCAUCGGUAGAAGCACUCUUGACACUUGCCCAAAAGCACAAGAAACCUGUCUUCUUUGAAACCACCGACAUGCGAAUAGCUGGAAAGCCAUUCAUCCUCUCAAAAGAUCUCUGGCAAGCAAUCAAGUUUAUCUCACCUAAUCUUUACGAAUUAGUUGAGAUAUCAAGAGUCUUAACAGGACAAGAGCAAACCAUUCCCAAUGAUCACAAAGAACUGAUUCCAUUUGCCAAAAAAGUUCUUGAAUCCAUCGAUGAGCAUUUCCAUUGCAUUUUACUCACCUUGGGAGCCCAUGGAGUUAUCGUAGAUCGCAGAAAGACCCAGAAUCUACUUGAUAUCGACGGAGAUCAGAAGAUUCUUGGACGUUCCAUUCGUUUUUAUCCCACCGAGGAAAUCACAAAACUCGUCAAUGUCUCUGGAGCUGGAGACAGUUUCGCGAGUGGCUUCAUUGCAAAUAUGUUACGUGGAAAAUCCGAGGAAGAAUGCAUCGCUCUGGGAUUCUUUGCUGCCCAAAAAGCCCUCCAAACCGAUGGAGCUGUUCCUAAGGAGUAUUUCGACAAGGAACCUGUUCUAUGUUCCCCAAAGUGGAAGGAAAUUUAAGUUAAGGAAACUCUUUAAAGUAUUUUUAGAUUAAAAAAAUAAAAGCUUUAUUUUUUCUAUAAAUUAA